UCAUUCAAGCAGCGCAGCCCAGUGUGUGAGAGAGUGAGUGUAUAUGAGUGUGUUUUGCUGAUAGGCCACUUGGGUUCUGGAGCCUGUGUCCUGCACCGGACCGGACCGAACCCGAGACCGGUCGUGAGAACGAGUCGAAGCCGCAUUUCCAACUCAUGCUUCGGAUAGCUGUGGCCUGUGAGGGGAAGCAGACGUUUGGGCGCCAGAAGCGGUGCAGUCGGCGAGCCGCUAAGACGGAUAUCCAACGCGAGCAGCUGUGAAAAACAAAAAUAAACAAAGUUGAUGGAUUUGGAGCCUGGCCGGAACGAUCUGGGAGCGAUGGGAGAAUCUCUGCAGCCGGCCACGCCGAGCCGCCACGAGAAGAGCCUCGGAUUAUUAACCACCAAGUUUGUCACUCUACUACAGGAGGCGAAGGAUGGAGUGCUGGAUCUCAAAGCCGCUGCUGAUACGCUGGCCGUACGGCAGAAGCGGCGGAUCUACGACAUCACUAAUGUUCUAGAAGGCAUCGGACUGAUAGAGAAGAAAUCAAAGAACAGCAUUCAGUGGAAAGGUGUAGGUCCUGGCUGUAACACACGAGAGAUUGCUGAUAAAUUAAUAGAUCUGAAGCUGGAGUUGGAGGAUCUGGACAGAAGGGAACAUGAGCUGGACCAGCAGAGGGUCUGGGUUCAGCAGAGCAUCAAAAACGUGACCGAUGACUCACAGAACAGUCCUCUGGCCUACGUAACGCAUCAAGACCUCUGCAAUUGCUUUAAAGGUGACACUCUGCUAGCAAUCCGAGCACCGUCAGGUACCCAGCUGGAAGUGCCGAUACCAGAGUCUAUUGGAAAUGGGCCAAAGAAGUACCAGAUCCACUUAAAGAGUUCCUCUGGUCCUAUCGAGGUCCUCCUGGUAAACAAGGACCCCUCCAGUGCCUCACCGGUAGUGUUACCCGUUCCUCCUCCAGAGGACAUGCUUCAGAGCCUCCCUGCCUCUUCUUCUGCUGCCUCUGGUGCCUCCACCACCAAACCAGCAGACAGCAGUACUGCAGGUGCAGCCCCAGCCAGCCAGAGUCCUGCCAACACAACUACUGCCACUGCUGGACCAGCUACAGCAUCCAGUAACAACACCUCCGACACGCCGGCCAAUCAGACAUCCCCUGAGGACAGCCAGCAACUUCAGUCAUCUGCCUCACUGGACAGCAGCUCCUCACUUCCUGAAUCCUCAGCACUUUUUGAACCAAUCAAAACAGACCCUUCAGAAUUACUGGACUUCCCCAAAGAACUUUCAGAAAUGUUUGACCCCACUAAAGAAAUCAUGAGUACAGAUCUGUUGGAAGAGCUCAUGUCAUCAGAAGUUUUCUCCCCUCUCCUCCGCCUCUCUCCUCCUCCGGGCGACCAUGACUACAUCUAUAACCUGGAUGAGACCGAGGGCCUGUGUGACCUUUUUGAUGUUCCCAUUGCCAACCUUUGACCUCCAAACAUCGGAUAAGAGUAGUAUACUUAUAUUAAAAAAACGGAAAAAAAAG